AUGCCACCCUCUGCCGACGUCCAAACUCAGCCUUCCGUCAUCGACUCGAUCAAGCGCACCGUCGCUCACGUCGAGUCGUCAACCCCGACCAAGGAGCGCACCAGCUCGCCCGCCGACAUUGCUACGGCUUUCUGCGCCUCGCUCCAGUCUGCCUUCGACGCCAAGGACGUCGUCGGCAUCGAGCGCCACUUCACCGACGACGGCUCCUGGCGCGACAUCCUCACCAUCGACUUUGACAUGAACAGCCUGAAGCGCGCCAAGGGCGAGAUCAAGCAGCACCUCGACAAGUACGGCGUCCCCGAGAUCCGCAGCCUCAAGGUCAUCAAGCCCCACGACGCCGUCAUCAACAAGGACGCCAACUGGCUCCAAGCCUUCACGACGUUCGAGACGGCCGACUCUCGCGGCAAGGGCUUCCUGCGCCUGCGCGAGUCGACGCCCGGGUCGGGUGACUGGCGCGCCUUCACGUUCUUCACUGCCCUGUGGGAGGUCAAGGGCCACGAGGAGUUUGCCGGGCACCGUCGUCCACUCGGCGCAGAGCACGGCACGCACGACUCGAGCGAGAACUGGCUCGACCGGCGCCAGAAGCAGAUCCGGUUCGAGGGCGAGGACCCGACGGUGCUCAUCGUCGGUGGCGGCCAGAACGGCCUCAUGCUCGCGGCCCGGCUUGGCGCGAUCGGCAUCAAGACGCUCGUCGUCGAGAAGAACGGUCGCGUCGGCGACUCGUGGCGCAAGCGGUACCACACCCUUUGCCUGCAUGACCCGGUCUGGGCCGACCACUUUGCCUACAUGCAGUUCCCUAAGACUUGGCCCAUCUACACGCCCAAGGACAAGCUCGCCAACUACAUGGAGGAGUACGCGUCGCAGAUGGAGCUGAACAUCUGGCUGCAGUCGACUAUCGAGCGCAACCCGACGUACGACGAGCAGACCAAGCAGUGGACCGUGCGCGUCAAGCGUGAGGGCCAGGACGACCGCGAGAUGCACGUCAACCACCUCGUUCUCGCGAGCGGGUUCUCGGGCGAGCCUCGCCUUCCCUCCUUCCCUCGGGACGAGUUCAAGGGCUACAUCACGCACUCGUCGGGUCACGCCGGGUGCCACGGCAAGGACUGGGCGGGCAAGAAGGCUGUCGUCAUCGGCUGCUGCAACAGUGGACACGACAUCGCGGCAGACUUCUACGAGCACGGCGUCGACACGACCAUCGUGCAGCGCAGCAGCACCUACGUCAUGAGCUCUGAGCACGGCAUUCCCGAGCUCCUGAACGGCGUCUACGAGGAGGACGGCCCGCCGCUCGACGACGCCGACAUCAUGCUCACGAGCCUGCCCGUCGACCUGCUCGCCGAGUUCCACGUCGAGGCGGGCAAGAGGAUCGCGAUCAAGGACAAGAAGCUCCUCGAGGACCUCGAGAAGGCGGGCUUCAAGCACAACCCGUACCCGGGUUCGCUCUUCAUCAAGUACUUCCGCGACGGUGGCGGGUACUACAUCGACGUCGGAUGCUCCCGCCUCAUCGCCGACGGCAAGAUCAAGAUCAAGCAGGGCGUCGAGGUCGAGAAGCUCACCGAGAAGGGCGUUCUCUUCAAGGACGGUACCUUGAUCGAGGCCGACAUGAUCGUCAUGGCGACCGGCUACACCUCGCAGCGCGAGACCGUGCGCCGGAUCAUCUCGGACGACGUCGCCGAACGUCUCGGCUCCGUCUGGGGCGCCGAUGCGCAGGGCGAGAUCCCGGGCGUCUGGAGGUACUCGGGCGUCGACCGCUUCUGGCUCCAGUCGGGCAACUUGUUCCAGGCGCGCUGCUACAGCAAGCACCUCGCCAUGCAGAUCCAGCUCAUCGAGCUCGGCUUGCGAGACACCGCUCCCGACGCCGUCAAGUACAAGCACAUCCACGACCCGCGCUUCUAAGCGGUCGCACCCUCCCUCCUUGGUCUCGAUACCGUCGAAGCCCCUCUCUCGGCCGCCUUUUUCGUCGCGCUCGUUCCCUUUGUUCGUCUGCUACCUCGAAGAAUCCCAAGUCAGUGCAAUGUACUCUACGUCGACUUC